GCGCAGGUGCAGCGGGUGAUGCCCAACGACUCCUUCUACUUCUCCAUCGUGCGCGACCCGGGCGCGGUGGCCGAGUCGUCCUUCUCGUAUUUCCGCGCGGCGGCGCCGGCCUUCCGGAACUCUCCGUCGCUCUCGGCCUUCCUGGCCUCGCCCUCGCGCUUCUUCCGCGCGGGCCAGCGCGGCAACCACUACGCGCGCAACCUGCAGUGGUUCGACUUCGGCCUGCCCGAGCCGGCGGGGCCGGCGGAGAUCCCGGCGAUGCUGGAGAACCUGGAGCGCGUCUUCCCGCUGGUGCUGCUGGCCGAGCGCUUCGACGAGUCGCUGGUGCUGCUGCGGCACCGGCUGUGCUGGCCGCGCGACGCCGUGGAUUCCUUCCGGCAGAACGCGCGCGGCGCGGCGCCGCGGCUCUCGGCGGAGCAGCUGCGGCGCCUGCGCGCCUGGAACUCGCUGGACUGGGCUCUCUAUUCCCACUUCAACCGCUCCUUCUGGCGCGAGGCCGAGCGCUUCGGGCUGGAGCGGCUGCGGCGCGAGGCGGCCGAGCUGCGGCGGCGCCG